ACCGACACCCAGCUCCUCACCGCUCACACGUCACACCUGCGUGAGCCUCGUGCGUGAUGUUUAACGUCGUGCACCAGGGUCGGAAGUACGCCCCCACGCGCUGCUCGCUCACCGACGAUUCUCCGUUAACGGUCCGGGCCGUUAACGUCGUCGGGUCUCCUGGUACGCUCACCGAGCCACCGGAGGGGACGUGGCCGCCUCCGGGCGCCAAGAUGCGGGUGUCCAAAGGCGCCGUGGUGGUGAGAGCCGCCCGGCGACACCCGGCUCCUCAGCCCGCCAGUCUGGAGAGUCUGGAGGCGGCGUGGAGCCAGAGAGGACGGGAGGACAAGCACCGUAGCCCCGAGACGAGGACCGGUGCUGGGGAGGCGGGAGGAGGAGGAGGAGGAGGAGGAGGAGGAGGAGGAGCAGGAGCAGCACCCCGGAGCAGGAGGAAGGCCUUCAGACCCCCCGAUGUCAGGACCAUCUUCGAGAAGGACCCCAGGGUGCAGGAGGAGUCCGGGGAGGGCCACAGCUUCCAGGCCGUAGGAGAGAACACCUGGUGUGACGUGUGCUGCCUCUACAUCUUCCAGCAGGGACUCACCUGUGCAGGUUGUAAAUACUCGUGUCACGCUGCAUGUCGGGACAGAGUGUCUCUGGACUGUCACCCUGCAGCGUCACCCAUCAGUCAGGACCAGCUCAACAACAACACAACGCUCCAUGAUGUGGAGAAGGAAAGGGAGUUGCGGACGGAGUUCAGCAGGGAGGAAAUCAGGCAGAAGAUCGAGCUGUACAACUCGAUGACCAAAGACCACCUAAAGAUGACGCUGGGUCAUACUGGGGUGUACACCGGGUUCAUCAAGGUCCAGAUGGAUCUGAGGAGGCCGGUGACGGUGAGGGGAGGUCAGAGAGGAGCCGGGGGAGCCAUGGUGGGGGAGGCCUUCUAUCUGCCCCGAGGAGUCACCAACACCCUCCACAUCAGCUCCAAUAACACCGUCAGACAGGUGAUCGUCGCCCUGCUGAACAAGUUCACCGUUGCAGACAACCCGGCUAAAUACGCCCUGUAUAAACGCUACCACACCGAGGAGCAGGUGUACGUUUGUAAGCUGGCAGAUGGAGAGCAGCCGUUGUUUCUUCGUCUGGUGGCAGGACCCGACACCGAGACGCUCAGCUUCGUACUGAGGGAACAACAGACUGGAGAAGUCAUGUGGGACGCCUUCUCCAUCCCCGAGCUGCGGAACUUCUUGCGGAUCCUCGACAAGGAGGAGGAAGAGCAGAAGGAGGCGGUGAUUCGGCGCUACGACGUCUACCGGCAGAGACUGCAGGAGGCGCUGAUGGCGCUCCGAGGACCUUCUUAGAGGAUCUAACCUCCAGAAACAGGACUACUGAAACCCUCAGAGGAGGAAAAACAUUUAGAUGGAGGCAGGGAUGUGAAGGCAGAACGAGGAGAGAAGAUCCAGAACCUGGAACAGAUGAAUCAUAAAGGAUGAGAGACGUCAAGAGAAGGACAAUGAAAGGAUGAUAAUUUGUGUUGAGGCUGCUGGAGUUUGAUUCAUCCUGGAUUCACGACUUCAACCAAAGAUUCAGCCGACUGUGCCAAAUCCACGGAGGUCCAUCCCUCUCUUCUUCUUCACAUAAUUUAUGCUGAUUCCUCUUCGUUUCCCCACUUGCUAUCUGUUAAACUCGUGAAAGACUUGAGGCCACUAUAUGUUGAAUUAUUUUUAUUUAAUUUGUUUCUCUUAAGAGCCUGUACAUAUUUUUUUUUCUUAAUUUAUAUGGGUGACGCUUCUGUGUAUUUUUUUUAAAACAAAGUCUUAUUUUAGUUUAUUUUAUAGAGGCGGAGCGACGGUCUGGUUGUUGACACAGACGCAGAGAAUAGUUUAUCUGACUGAUACUAGAUGUAAAUACACAAACAGAGCAGUAGAUAUGAAGUUUAUUAACCCUCCUGUUGUCCUCAUUUACGGGCACCAAAAAAUAUUGUUUCCUUGUCUGAAAAAAAUCCAAAUAUUCAGCAAAAAAAAUUCCCCAAAUUUCUGAAAAUUUGCAAAACCUUCAGGAAGAAAAUUCCAAUAAUUCCUUAAAAGUUUCCCUUAAAAAUUUUAUUUAAAAAAAAAAAAAAAAAAAAAAAAUCCCCCAAAUUUGGCAAGAAAAUUCUUGUAAAUAUUUUCAAAAAAUGAAUAAAAAUCUUCCCAAAAAAUCCUAAAAAUAUCUAAAGUGAUUCCAUAUAUAUCAGUAAAACUUCUAAUAUUUUCUUUAAGAACAGUCAGAAAAAAAUCAACCAAAAUCCAGCGAAAUUCGCUGGAUUUUGGUUGAUUUUUUUGCUGAAUGUUCUUAAGAAACAUUUUUAACUUUUCUUUUUUUCCACAAAAAUGUUCAAAGAUUUCCCAAAAAUGUUGAAAAUGUGGACAUCAGAAGUGUCACUGUGAAAAUAAACUCAAACUUUAAAACGGGUCAAUUUUGACCCGCAGGACAACAUGAGGGUUAAAUUACAAACAGGAAGUGUUGAUCAUUGAUAUGUCCUGCUCGUAUUAGCCUGAAAAUCAAGAUAUAUAGAAGUAGUGUCCAUGUUGUAUGGAGUCUAACGUGCCAAAUGAAGCUUCUUCUGUAAUGAACUGCAAUCUAAGGAUAUAUACUUAUUUUAGUUUUCUUGCGUUUUUUAAAAAUAGCUUUUUCUUUCAAAUGAAUACAAAAAUUUACCAUUUUUUUCGUAUUCCACCUCCUAAUUCAUUUGUUCUCUGCAAUUUUUAUCAAAAGAAUGAGCACGUUAGUCAAUUUGACAACAAAAAUGACAUUUUAACCAUUUUGAUUUAUUAUUUAGCAGUCUGAUGACAAAUUUUAAAAAGUAAAUAGAUUAAUUCUAAUCAAGAUCAUGAUUUUUUAAGGGUCUUUUACUUUUCCCUUCGUUAUAUUUGUCGGCAAAUUUGCAGUUGAAGAUACAUAGGAAUAAACUCAGACGUGUAGAUGCUCAGACUGUGGAUACUGACACGUAAUCAAGGAGGUUUUGGUAGAAAGAUUAAAAGAAUAGAGUCUGAAAUAGAAGAUUGUGAGAGACGGAAGUAGUUUAGUUUUGGUUGGGUGGAUUGGUGCGGUAGCAGCAGUAACGAAGGCGUUGCAUCGAACUGUUGUGUGAAGCAGCAGGGAUGAGGAUCAGAACCUCCACGUCCGAGGCCAUGGUUCUCUGAUGGAAACCGGUGGAUUGCUCCCUCUGGGUUGGGGGGAGUUGCUUCCCCAAGCAAAAGAGUUCAAGUAUCUCAGGAUCUUGUUGUUUGAUGGGAAAAUGGAGCGUGAGAUGGACUGGAGGAUUGGUGCAGUGGCAGCAGUAAUGUGGGCGUCAUAUCGAACCGUCGUGGUGACGAGGAAACUCUCAAUAUACCAUCAAUCUACGUCCCAAUCCUCACCUAUGGUCAUGAGCUCUGGGUAGUGACCAAAAGAACAAGAUCGUGGAUACAAGCAGCUGAAAUGAGCUUCCUCCCUAGGGUGGUGAACUCAGCCUUAGAGAUAGGGUACAUGUCCACUAGAUCUGGCAACCCGGGGUAGACCCAGAACUCGCUGGAGGGAUUAUGUAUCUCAUCUGGCCUGGUAAUGCCUCGGGAUCCCCAGGAAGAGCUGGAAAGCGUCACUGGGGAUGAGAGACGUCUGGAAUGACCUGCUUCAUCUGUUGCCUCCACGACCCAACCCCGGAUAAGCAGAAGAUGAUGGAUGGAUGGAUGGAUGGAUGGAUGGAUGGAUGGAUGGAUAGUUUUGGUUGAAGUCUGUAAAAAGUGUUGAUUGAUUGUUAUGCAAAGUAAAACUGUAGACGAGACGCCUGAUCUUUGACCCAGUGAGGUCAGAGGAGGGAGGACUGAGAUCAAACUGGUUUAUGGAAGUCGGCUGAAUGGUUUAGAGGAAGUAGAAACGUUAGAUGUAGGAAGGAAGAAACACAGAUGAAGACAAGAUCUGUUUUUAUUUUUAUACGAGGAGCAAAUACUCCGGAAAGAUUGUGGUGAUGGUUUUCCUCCAACCACGAGUCCCUUUGAUUAACUGCUUGUUCGCUUUUUUGCUCCUGUAAUCAACAGCUGAGAGAAAAGGAGGUCUGUUAGCGCUGAUAGCUGCAGAGGACAGUCUGUCAGCAGCCAUUCAUUUGAUGUUUUUGUGCUCUUAUCUCAAGUUGAAAUGCGCAGCCUUGACCUCCUUGUCAACCCGAGUUUCUCAUUGUUUUUAUGGACAAAAUGGGGCCAGAUAUUCUAGAGGGAAAGGACAGUAAUACGGAGAUUUGGGGGGAGAGUAAAGGAAGGAAUUUAAGUGCAAAAGAAGGUAUAAGAAUGAAUGAAAAGCUCAUUCAGACGUCGUAAAGGACUUUUAGCAGCUUAGAUAUAUAUGCAAACUAUUCUUUGGUGUAUGGAAGUGAUCAUUUAAAGACCAAAGAGGCUCGUUUUCUGGGCUUUUUGUAUCGGCCUUUAUUCAUUUAUUUGGGGAGGAAAAGUAAAAACAAGCAACAGAAAGACAAUCAUUUGGACAGACUCUUCACAGUUUAUGGAAAUGAAAAUGUUUGGAGCUGCAGGUGCUGAAUGACGCCAGACUGACGGCGCUGCAGUGGUCUAACGUCGCCAUCUAGAGGUCAAAUACCGAAACUGUUCUCUCAUUUCUGUGUCAAACAUGCUUUGUUUUCAUUUUUGUCAUUAUAACCAAAGAUAUUCUUGUGCUGUUGCCUGGUGCAAAACAUAUUAGAGGCCUCUUCUUCUUCCCACUGGAGGGAAAAACAUAGAGUAUGUAGUUUAGAGUUUUAUUUAAAGAGGUUUUAAUCCUCGUUUAUUCUAUCAAACACUGGGCUAAUUCUAUGGAGGCAACAAAAGACCUUUAGGAUUCGAAUUUUACUCAAUUUAAUACAGACUCACUGACCUUAAAUCCAAGAAUAGAGAGUCUACUGGACGAUAUUUUCAAGCUGCAUCAUGGGAAAUAUAGUAUUGUAGUAGUACUUAACCAUACUGGGUAGCUAAAAGUUACUACAUCUCAGCCUUCUCUUACUUCCUUUGCUUUUUGUUUUUGUUCAAAUGCAUCUCCUUUAACUGUAAGGAAGCACAAAAGUUAAAUAUUUUACAUACGGAAUUAUGAAAUUGAAGUACCAUGGAGUAUUUAUACUUGAAUUCUUCAUUUAUGUUUGAUUUCCAGCAGUCGUUUAAGCUUUACAAGUUCAGGAAAUUCAAGCUGCAUAAAUUAAAUAUUCAUAUGCAUAUUGAAAUAGAGAUUCCAUUUUGGGUUUUUUUUUUUUUUGGCCCUUUGUUGCCUCCAUACUUUAUAGGUAAAAAUGGUGCAAAAGUGUGCAUGUUAACAGUUAACCAACCUUAAAGCCAUGUUGUUGUUGUUGUUGUUGGUUUUGUAUCUUUUAAACAACUUUAGCUGUUAGAACGCCAGACGAGUUGUAUCAAUUUUUUUUUUUUUUUGGGGCACUUUAACUCUGAAUUCAGGGAAGACGGGUUUUUUAAUUUUCAUUUUUUCCUCUUUAAUCUGCACCGCCAUAACACGUUGUACUUUACCAUCUAAUACACUAUAAUCCUAUUUUGUUAAGCUCCACUCAUAACUACAUUUGUUGGAAGUACAGUGUGAAAGAAGUUUUUUUUGGUUUUUUUUUGUUUUUUUGUCUCUGCAGGCUUCCGUAUAAAUCGCUCAAAGUUAGCUGUCAAAUGUUUUGACUCUUGCAUGUUUGUUUGUCCACAUUCAUGCUUCCUGUACUCACCUCUCAGCAUUAAAAAGCACGCAUUAUUGUACAUGAAACAGCGAUCGGACGCCUUUUGGAAAGGAGUUUUCAUGUCAUGUUGAUAAAUUUGUGAGCUUUUGGGGCUGAUUUAACGCCUAGUAUCUCAUUUUAAGGCUUUUCAACUGUAACUAGAGCGCUUUGACGUGCAAACUGUCGCCUCGUAGGUUCAUUUUUAACUCCCAAGAUGUCAAAAUUUAAGCAAAUGUCAAGAAAAAAAUCCAGUUGAAGCUUCUAAAAUGUGAAUAUUUCUAGGUUUUGGUCUAAUUGGCUGAACAAAAACACAUUAUUAUUGGGUUUUCUUUCUCUGUUUUUGGUUCUUGAACUAAAACUGUACAUUUUAAUUUGACAUUUCACGCAUUACAUGGUGUAAAAUGACAUUUGGGAGUUUAUAUUUACCGUAUAUGGCAAGAACAUGUUUGUUUUGAGGUUGUUUUUGUAAAUCACAGAUUUAAAAACAUCUCACGGAAACUUUCUUUAAUCGCUGCUCUAAAGUUUUCAGUCAAACCAACUGUUAAAAAUGUCUCAAAAUAUCCUUUUUCAGUUUUUCAGCUCAUUUAUUGUUACUGAAAACUCCAGAGCAGCGAUUAAACAGAUAGUUUUCUCCUAAAUGAGUCCAUGAGCUUUGAUUUCAGGCUCCUGAGUUCAAUUUUGUCCAUUUGGUGUCUCUAGUUUGAACAUCCACCAACUUAAAUGCCAAAGAUCUCCAUGUGUUUUCCAGUUAUGCUGUUCUUGUUGAGACGUUUUCCAACAACUUUUGGAGCACAAUCAUCUGAUUGAGUUUGGAACCAUCUGUGCUCUAAAAGUUGUUGGAAAAGGGUUGAAAAGACUCCUGAGAGGUUUUCCUAUUGACUGACCCGUCAGUAGAAGCCAUUAGUUUGGAAAUAUUUUGCUAAAUUUUGAUUUUUGAACUCGAUCUCUGACGGCAGCGGAGCCUCUCUAAAGUGUGACGGCUGCAGACGGAACCCAAACCCAGAGUGAAGACGUUCUCUCUGGAGGGGAACAGGUUUAUUUUUGUAGCUAUCUCCUGAUUUCUCUUUGAAUCGUUACCAAACGUGGCCUUUUCCUCACACCAGGAGGGCCGCAUCUAUUAAAGGUGAAAUUAAAACAAA